GCUGCUAAAAACAGCCCCGGCUCCCCUCAGCCCCCCGUUUAAACAAUGUCCUCCAGUGAGCACAGCCCAGCGAGCCUCUGAUCGCGGCGGAGCCUUGGAUUUAUUUCAAGGGAAAUUAACCCGGAAACCGAGCUGCGACGCCCUGAUCCUGAGCGUAUGCCCCUGGAAAAGCUAGGGAUGAGCACCUCCCUGAACUACAAGUCCUUCUCCAAAGAGCAGCAGACCAUGGAUAACCUGGAGAAGCAGCUGAUUUGCCCCAUCUGUUUGGAGAUGUUCACCAAGCCGGUGGUCAUCUUGCCCUGCCAGCACAACCUGUGUAGGAAGUGUGCCAGCGACAUUUUCCAGGCCUCGAACCCCUACCUGCCCACCAGGGGAGGCACGACUGUGGCUUCGGGAGGCCGGUUUCGCUGCCCCUCAUGCAGGCAUGAAGUGGUCCUCGACCGGCACGGGGUGUACGGGCUGCAGAGAAACCUGCUGGUGGAGAACAUCAUCGACAUAUACAAGCAGGAGUCCACAAGGCCUGAAAGAAAAUGUGACCAGCCAAUGUGUGAAGAGCAUGAAGAUGAGAGAAUUAAUAUCUACUGUUUGAACUGUGAAAUGCCCACCUGCUCCUUGUGCAAAGUCUUUGGUGCCCACAAAGACUGUCAGGUUGCUCCUCUCACAAACGUUUACCAGAGACAGAAGUCCGAGCUGAGUGACGGCAUCGCAGUCCUAGUGGGGAGCAAUGACAGAGUGCAAGGGAUAGUCACACAGCUGGAGGAGACCUGCAAGACGGUUGAGGAAUGCUGCAGACGACAGAAAGAACAGCUGUGUGAAAAAUUUGAUUAUCUCUAUUCUGUACUGGAAGAAAGAAAAAAUGAGAUGACACAAAUAAUCACUAGAACCCAAGAGGAGAAACUGGAACAUGUCCGCUCCUUGAUGAAGAAGUAUGCGGAUCAUUUGGAAGCCGUGUCAAAGCUAGUGGAAUCAGGAAUCCAGUUCAUGGAAGAACCAGAAAUGGCUGUGUUUUUGCAGAAUGCCAAAACAUUGCUACAAAAAAUUACUGAAGCAUCUAAAGGAUUUCAAAUGGAAAAAAUAGAGGAUGGGUAUGAAAAUAUGAACCAGUUCACUGUGAACCUCAGUAGAGAAGAAAAGAUAAUAAGAGAAAUUGAUUUUGACAGAGAGGAGGAGGUGGAAGAGGAAGAGGAGGAGACAGUGGAUGGGGAAGAUUUGGAUGAAGUCCACACAGAGUCAUCAGGAGAGGAAGAGGAGGAAGAAGAGAAGGAGGAGGAGGAAGGGGCUGAGAGAGCAUCACAGCCACCUCAGCAGGAUCCUGAACCACAGAGUGCAGCAGUCGAGCCCCCAGCCGAACCUGCCCCAGCACCACAGCCUGCCCCCCCAGCUGGCCAGGAUGAGGUUGUGACACCAAGUGGCUCUCAACAGACUGCAGAGUCUGACAGUCCAGUGCCACCCGCGGCAGAAACCGUCGACCCCUUGUUUUACCCUAGCUGGUAUAAGGCUCAGCCGCGGCAAGCAAGCAGCCCGAGCUCAACCCCCGGGAGCGGGCUGGGGAAAGUAGGGGCUCCCGUUUCUCUGGAAACAAGUGCAAAGAAGGCAGAAGCCCCGGAAGCGGCAGCAGUGGAGGAAAGCGCGCCGGGGAGCGGUAAGGAAAGUAAUGCCACUGCAGCGACGUCCAAGGAGUUAGCAUUCUGCAUAUCACUUUUGGCAUUUCUAAUCAUACUACAUCAUCUUUGGAAUCUGAUUCAAUACAUUUGUUCUUUCAUGGACCGGCUCUGAACCGUCCCCUCAAGGACGAGCGGAGGAAACUCCCGUGAGCAAUGAGAGGGGUGGCGAGCCGGCUCGUCAUGUCUUCUCCUUCUCCUGGUUGAACUCACUGAAUGAAUGAUGACUCACUCCGGCUGGCUUCUGGUGUGCUCCUCCGAGGGACGGCAAGCGCAGGCAGCCUGGCUGGAAUCGACAAAGAAGCUGGCCUGGAAAGGGACAUCCGAGCAGGUUUCGUUCCCGGGAACUCAGUUGACCUCCACGUCGUGCCCGGCCCUUGAGACGACAGAGUCGCGACAGGGGUGGGAGCAUGGGGACAAAUUGCUGUACUUCAGUGUAUCAGAGUGUUUUCCAGUUUCUGGUUUCCAAGGGAAAAGCAGCAUCGCUACAGCUGCAGGAUGAGCACUGCUACUGUUUUGUUAUUCACUCACUUUUUGGCACGUCCCCGUGUAGGUGUAAGUGCUUCACUGAUAUUAGCUAAAACGCUGCUGUGAUAUUCACCAGGAGCAUCCUGUGCCUGCACAGCAUUUCCCCUCAGUACCCUCCCGUGUCCAGCCUGCGGGGUGACCUCGGUGCCACUGCCACCCCCUCAGCACCCCAAAGUCGCAUUUGGGUUACAUUUGGGCACCACCUGUGGUCCUCAGGAUCCAUCAGCACAUCCCGUGCCGCAGAGGCUGAGCGCAGGAGGGCUGAGGGAAGCCGCUGCUCCUUCCUUCUCCCCCUGCACUCACUUUUCCUGCUGAGCCACAGCGGGUGACGCUCACCUGCACAGAUUUCGGGUGGGGAGGGACGAGGAGGAUGCGUGUGCCAGGCACCCAUGCGGGACAGCUCUGAGCGUGUGGGGCUGAUGUUAGGGAGCACCUCAGGUGCAGUGAGGUGGCACAGAGCUGUGCCAUCAGGUUUUCACCUGCAGGCCCCACGGCACAGCGUGGGAAGGGCGAACACCGGCCUGCAAGGCAGGAGAGGAGCCGUGCAAAGCAGCUUCGCGCACGGGAGACCUGCUGAAGGUGACACCGUGCCUUUUGUCACCUCGGACGGGGCCCCAGCUCUCGGCAGCCCUUAAGGGACACCGGGUGGCUGCCAAGGGGGGCGAGUGCCGCAGGGACCUGGCGUCGGGCUCCGGGCAGGGGCUGAAGGAGCCGAGCACAGCCCUGGGCAAGCAGCGCCCCGCACGGAGGGAGCCGUCGGGGACGGGGCUGCGCGGCCCCGGGGGGCACGGGGGAGCCUGGCGGUGCCACCCCCGGUCCCUGCCUCUUUGGGACCGCAGCCCUGCUUUGUGGCCGUUUCUCCCCAAAAUGCCCCGUGAGGGCCGGGGUCGGGGGCCGUUUGCAGCGGCUGGGGUGUGCUAAUUGCAAUUAAUCGUAAUUAGGGCUACAGCAGAGCCCGUGCGGGACCACGCUCCGCUCUGCUCCCCUCGCACCCCGCGCGGCGGGGGCGGCUUUGGGGCUCGCCCCGGGGUGCCUAGGCAAGAAAGUCUAGCCAGCCAUCGUUAUUUGCAGCUUUUAUUAAAAAUAUAAAUAUUAAACAUUCUCUUACACAACAAAAUUGACCGAGCGCUGAAAAGAUGUUUUAUUGUGAAAAUGUUUACAGGAAAAAAAGUGGAUUUAAAGUAGCUUACAGAGAUUCCCCCUCCCACCUCCCUGCCCCCGCCAGGAAAGUUAUCUGGCUUCUCGGCGACAUUUCUUCCAAUGCUCACACAUCCCUACGCAGCGAUGCCACUAGAAAGACUGGGAAAUGGAGAAAUAAAUAAAGGUAGGGGAGGUUACGGACGACACUCGUGUUUCUGCACUUGGUAGGCGGCCGUGCAUGCUAGUCAAGGGACAGAGGCUGUUCGGAGUACACCCUUCUAGGUUUAAAGCUAUAUAAAAAUAAAGAGAUGACAUCAGAGCAGCACUAUGGUA